AAAUCGGUGACCGGUUGAGGCAGAGAACAUCCGCAAGAUGUCGGACGUGUACAAGAAGGCGAAGGCCGGGCGGCUCGUCUUCAAGGGCGGCGACGUCGCUGGUGCCGAGAAGAAGAAGCGAAAGAAGAAGAAGAGAGCGUUGGGUGACGCUGAGGAGGACCCUUCCGCAGCAAUCUCCGCUGAUGGGGGUGAGGCGGCGGAAGUAGCGGCGUCGUCUGUGGGAGAUGUCUACACGAUCGACGCGGCUAAGAAGAUGAAGUACGAGGAGCUAUUCCCGGUGGAGACAAAGAAGUUCGGUUACGAUCCAGCCAACAAGUCCCGGACGUCCGCCCGCACGGUGGAGGAGGCUCUCGACGACAGGGUCAAGAAGAAGGCAGACCGUUAUUGCAAGUGAUCUAUCAGCUCGAUUAUUUUUUUCAGGUGGCUGCCUACCUGCAGGGAUUAUGCUCAGUGAACAUGACUGCUGUGGAUGGAUGAGAUCUUCGUGGCAAAGUUUAAACUGAAGUUUCGAUAGCCUGUUAUAAAUUACCUUGCAGAUGAUUUGCAAAGGUUUCAUAUCUUCAGCUUUACGAUACUUCUACUCUGAUCGUCUGUAGGCAACAAUGCGUUAUGAUAUUAUCUGACUUAUGCUUGUUUGUGUAAUGAAUACUCCAGUGCACCAUUAAAGAGCAGAUCUUCUGUGCUUA